UCAAUCAAAUGCCCAUUUAAACACCAAUCAAAACCCUACACUCCUCCUCUUCCACAAACAUAGCAAAUUCACUGUGUGCGCGCGUGUAAUUCAAAUUUCAAAAAUGGUAUGUGGUUCAGGUAUAAGCGCAAGGCGUAUAGUGGUAGACGCUCGACACCAUAUGCUAGGGAGAUUGUCAUCAAUAUUAGCUAAAGAAUUACUCAAUGGACAGAAAGUUGUUGUUGUUAGAUGUGAAGAAAUUUGCUUAUCUGGUGGACUUGUUAGACAGAAAAUGAAGUAUCUGAGGUUUUUAAGGAAGCGAAUGAAUACUAAACCCUCUCAUGGUCCUAUUCAUUUUCGUGCUCCUUCUAAGAUUCUUUGGCGUACUAUUCGUGGGAUGAUUCCCCACAAGACCAAGCGCGGGGCAGCUGCACUUGCCCGCUUGAAGGUUUAUGAGGGAGUCCCGCCUCCAUAUGACAAGAUUAAGAGGAUGGUUAUUCCGGAUGCUCUAAAGGUAUUGAGGAUCCAAGCAGGACACAAGUACUGUCUCUUGGGCAAACUUUCAUCAGAGGUUGGAUGGAACCAUUACGAUACUAUCAAGGAUCUUGAGAACAAGAGGAAGGAGAGAGCUCAGGUAACAUAUGACAGGAGAAAGCAGUUGGCAAAACUUAGAGUUAAGGCUGAGAAAGCUGCCGAGGAGAAGCUUGGACCUCAACUCGCGGUUAUUGCUCCGAUCAAGUAUUGAAAGUGAGAACAUAGUUAUUCGAAAUACAAUUUUGUUGAAGAUUUGAGUGUGUCUGCAGACCAAUUAAUCUUUCAUUGUUUUUGGUGGUGAAAUUGAACAUGUUUUUAGUGAUACUGAUGUUGUCUCCUCUUGAACCUCUUGUGUUUUUACCUGUUCAAUUUAGGUUCGAUAGAAUUUGAUCUGCGA